UGCACACCCCGGCAAAGAGAGUCAGUUAAUCGGCUGUUGGGCUGCGUGAUCUGUAGGUUUCGCGCGCGCUCGCUUCCUUCUUCUCUCCCCUUCUCCGUUGCGCCUGCAACUGUCUGUCACUUAUCGGCCGACAACUCUUCAGCCCAUGGCCAGCCUGGGCGAGAUGUACUCGAGCGGCACCGGCUUGCCUGCGUCCGCUUCGCACGCCACGCCGCCCAUCGACCCAGUCAUCGCAGGCUCAUCAUCGUCCUCUACCUUGUCGGGUGCAGCCACUGCUGCUGCCCUCGUCCGCGCCGGGACAACGAAUCCGAAUACGAACAGCGGCAGCCACCACCCUCCUUUUGGCCACCAUCUGCUUUCGAGGGACGCGGCCAUGAACGCGGGGGGAUCCAAUUACUCGAGCUCCAACACGCUUCCGCCGCUGUCAGCCAGUCUCGCAUCCCACUGGCCCGCUGCAGGAGGCCUGUACAGGAGCAGCGGCCCCUUCUCCGGCCCUCCCACGCCGCCCUUCUACAGCUCACCUUCCGCAUCUGCACCCGGGUCAGGAGCAGGGCCAGGUGCCGCGGCAGCGGCAGGCAGCAGACGUGACAUCUUUCCCUUGUCGCCCGGCGCAGCGGCAUCAAAUUUCUCUAACCCGCCCACACCUCCGCCUCCUCUUCCCGGCUCCUCUUUGAGCAACAUGAAGAAAAUGUUUAAUCAUCCCUAUGCCUUGCAUAUGCAUCCCCUACCCCCACCCUCACCUUCUCAUCACCACGGCAACGCCGCGCUGUCCACCCAUCCAAGAGGUCCGUCGGCGCUUCCCCCGUCUUUCGGGGCGCUCGGCCACUACAAUGGGGAGGCACAGCGCGAACACCAUGUUCACGCCACCAACAAGAGCUACGCGUACAAUGCCAUGCACGAACCGACGACAAAACAUGCUCAACCUUCUGCAACCAACGGCAGUGGCAACAGCAACCGUAGCACAGGCGACGCCUCCAUGAUGCAAGACGAUGCCGACGACGACGCAUUGAACCCGCCCCCGCUCCGCCGGAACCAGGCGUGCCUGUCCUGCCGCAAGCGCAAGCUCAAGUGCGACGCCGCGCGUCCCGUGUGCAGCACAUGCAAAAAGUCGCGCGAGGCAGCAGCCGCUGCGCGCCACCCCCCGCCCGUACCGGACGGGGACUGCGUGUACAAGGAACGGUCGAAGCGCAAGACGAAACGCGCGGCGCCUGGCGAGGAGGAUACGCUCGAUGGCGAGGAGGACGCGGGCGCGAUGGCGACGACAAUCAAGAAGGCGCGAAAGGCAGAUUCAUUCCAGAAGGACAGUGCGCCCGACUGCAAGGUCGGCCAGCUGGAAGACCGGAUCCGGCACCUCGAAAGGCUGCUGAUGGAGAGUUUCAAACAGAAAGCUGGCUCUGCAGGAUCAGGAGGGGCCGGUCAAGGGGGCGACGGAGGAGGUGGCGCCGUGCAAAGCUGGAUCCCCACGAUGCACACAUCACGCUCCCCGGAUGGCCAAGCGGCUAAAACCACGGGGACGGCGACGUCGCCGAUGUCCGCGAGUCCCUCUACGGCGUGCUCGGUGACGGACGAGCGUAAGGGGUUCCAUUACCGCGCGCGGCUCAAGCUCGGCAUCCCGUCCUCCUCCUCGUCGUCCAUCAGCAGCGCUGCGCAGCAGCGGUCCGACAGCAUCACGCCGCAUGAGUCGAAACAGCUGUUCGAGCUGGACGGCGUGCAGCCGCUGCCGCAGGAGAAGCGAUGGGCUGCGACUAUCAUGGAGCCGGACCCGCUACUGAAUUUACUGUGGCCCGACUGGCCGCCAGACCUGCCGUCGCCGGACACAGUCCUGCACCUGUCAGAGAUCUUCUUUGCGCGCCAUCCGCUGCGCGUGAUGAUCUACAAGCCCAGCUUCAUGACCAGCUUAUCGCUCCCGCCGCGCCACCCGGACCGCCCGGCCAUCGGGCUGAUCCACGCCAUCCUCGCCGCCGCCGCACCGCUCUCGCCCUUCUUUGAGGAGACGAGCAAGCCGCCAACGCGUGCCGCGACACCGUCCCGGGGCAUGCCUGACGGACUCUUUGGCGCGGCCAGUGGCGCAAUGGGCAUUGGCGCUAACCUCGGCAGUGGUGCUGACGGGCUCGGCAGCUUCGGCGAAUUUGGCGACUUUCCCUUGCUCAGCGAGAUGCUCGACGGUACGCAGUACGCGGCGCCGGACAUCGGGCAGGGAAUCAACCUGAUGGAUGGCGCACUGCCUCAGGCAGCGGACACUAAAAUGAGCUUUGCCAAUUUCCACCUCAGCCGCGCGCGCGCCAAGGUCUCCCGCGCGCUCGUGACGAGCAAUAGCAACCCGCUCGACUGGGUGCAGGCCAUGAUCAUCAUCGCCGAUGCACUCUUUACCGAGGGCAGGCUCCUCGAAUGCUUCUUGGUCACCGGCGUCAUCGCCAAGAUUUUGCCACCGUGCGGCCUUUUCAAACUGCAUCCCUACCAGGAGGCCGCACCCAGCUUUGGCUGCUACCUCCCGCCCUCCAAGACGGCGCCCGAGGAGCACGAGCGCAGGAUCACGUUCUGGUGCGCGUAUUUGGUCGAGGCUUCCUACUCGCAUCACGGCCUUCACUUUGAGUCGUCCAUCAACGACUCGGCGGUGUAUACGACGCUGACGAGCAGCAUCGCCGAUUUCCAAGCGGGCAGAGACUCGGAGCCGAACCUGCAGACGCUGGCCUCAGAGGAUCUGUUCCAGAAUGGUCACGUGGAUGAGUUCAACGUGCUUCUCAAAGCCGUCAUCCUGCACAAGCGCAUCAAAUACAUGCUUGCGCGAAAUGAUAUUGGCGAAGCCGCCACACACCAGCCGGCCGGCUUUCGAGAGCUCGAUGCCAACAUUCUGCAGCUGCUCCACUCUGCACCGCCGCUCAAGGACCCCAAUUCGCUCGACCUCCUCGCUGCACGACUCACCACGGUCGGGGCGCUGGCAAAUUUGCACGAACCGUUCCUCAACGUCACCGAUCCUGAGUCGUACUCGUACCGCCAGGUCGAGUUCAUGGUACGCGAGGUAAUGAGGAUUGUGGAGCUCAUCGAGUCGACCAGCUUCGACCCGACCCUGCUGCAUCCGCGCUCCUCAAUGACCUUCCAUAAAGCAGCAACUUUGCUAGCAGCGAAGAUCGAGUUCGCGCGCAAGUCGUCCUGUGCGAGCGAGCGGGAGAUGGCCGAGUACAUGGGCGCGUACGACCGCUUGACGGAGCUGCUGCGGCGCAUGGCCACCAAGAUCAAGGUGGCGCAGCGCAGCUACGAAUCGCUCAUGCUCUUCAGGAAUGGCACGUGGGACCAGGCGCUGCUCGCAGAGGCGAUGGCCAUGAGCGGAGUCAUCCCCGACAAGUCCAAGCCGGAGAGCACGAAUGGUGAUUACGCGCCGCACGAGCUAUUGUGAGACGCGGUUAUGCGUUACGCCAACCGGUCCAGGGGUAUUACAUGUGCGCACAUGCAGUGGCAGCUUUGAAUGCGAUCAUCAUGAUCAGAAAUACUUUUCGUAAUCCGUUUUGGACAGCUCGUAGCCCC